GCCGCCGCCCGUCCCUCCCGAGGCAGAAGAUGGCCGAGCGCAGCCGCCCCGCGGGAUGGAGGUAGCCGCUCCUCGGCGGAGCCGGCGUGCGGGGAGCGCUCCUUCCCGCUGGGCUGCGGAACCUCCCGCGCCGCGGGCGGGGCAGGCGGCGGCCGCUCGGUAGGCGCAGGAUCCGCGCCAGCCUCACCUUUCGUGCUCUGUUCCGCGCUUGGCUUCGCCCGUCUUUUCCUAUGGCUGGGAUAUACAGCUCUACUCUGAAGACCCUGGAGGAUUUAACUUUGGACUCUGGUUAUGGGGCAGGGGAUUCCUGCAGGUCCCUCAGUCUCUCUUCGUCCAAGUCCAACUCCCAAGCCUUCACCUCUUCCCAGCACAGAGGCAACUGGUGGUGCUACUCGGGCUCCAUGAACAGUAGGAACAACAGCUGGGACACCGUCAACACUGUUCUCCCAGAAGACCCCGAGGUCGCCGAUAUCUUUUCGAAGUGCCCUAAGCUGCCGGAUCUAGAGGAAUACCCUUGGACUGAUGAAGACAUCGCAAAAAUCCUCCGAAAAGGGAAGGGAGAUGGCAAGGGCAGGAGCUUUUCUCAGGAAGCCGUCCGGCGGCUCUCGCAGCUGCUGAGACGGGCGCUGAUCAGGGUGUCCAGGGAAGCCCAGCGCCUCAGCGUGAUGCACUCCAAGUGCACCCGCUUCGAGGUGCAGAGCGCGGUCAAGCUCAUCCAGAGCUGGUCCUUGUCGGAAAGCUGCGUCUUGGCCACCGUCAAGGCUCUGUCUCUGUACAGCAUGAGCGCCGGGGACGGGCUGAGGAAAGGGAAAUCGGCGCGGUGCGGCCUCACCUUUUCGGUGGGGAGGUUUUUCAGGUGGAUGGUGGACACGAGGAUCUCGGUUAGGAUCCAUGAAUACGCGGCCAUCUCUUUAACCGCGUGUAUGGAGAACCUUGUAGAAGAGAUUAAGGCUCGGGUUUUGGCAAGCCAGAGCCCGGAUGGUGGAGGAGGGGAGAUCUCGGCUGAAAUCCUGGAGAUGGUAAUCAACAACGAUGCUGAACUUUGGGGAGUGUUGCAGCCUUAUGAGCAUCUCAUCUGUGGGAAAAAUGCGAAUGGUGUGCUGUCUCUACCUGCCUAUUUCAGCCCAUACAACGACGGCUCCAUUUGCAGCGAUGGACGGGCCGAUGCUUAUGCCCAGCUGGAGCUCCGAACCUUAGAGCAAUCCCUGCUGGCAACUUGUGUAGGAAGCAUCUCGGAGCUGAGUGAUCUGGUGUCCCGAGCCAUGCACCACAUGCAGUGUUUGAACACCGUCCGCCCCGGGAUGAGCCCCGUCCGGCAAACACGGCAGCAACAGCCCAUCUCCUGGUCCCCCGAUGCUCUCCACACCCUCUACUAUUUCCUCCGCUGUCCGCAGAUGGAGUCCAUGGAGAACCCCAACCUCGACCCGCCGAGAAUGACCCUCAACAAUGAACGCCCCUUCAUGCUCCUGCCGCCGCUGAUGGAGUGGAUGAGAGUGGCCAUCACGUACGCUGAGCACCGGCGCAGUUUGACUGUGGACAGUGAUGAUAUCAGGCAGACGGCCCGACUGCUCCUCCCCGGGCUGGACUGCGAGCCCCGGCAGCUCAAACCUGAAUGCUGCUUCAGUUCCUUCCGGAGACUGGAUGCUAAGGCUGCUACUGAAAAAUUCCAGCAGGAUCUGGGGUUCCGAAUGCUGAACUGCGGAAGGACAGACCUGAUCAACCAAGCAAUUGAUGCACUGGGACCUGACGGGGUCAACACUAUGGAUGAUCAGGGUAUGACCCCGCUCAUGUACGCCUGCGCCGCUGGGGAUGAGGCCAUGGUCCAAAUGCUCAUAGACGCUGGAGCAAAUUUAGAUAUACCGGUCCCCGGCGCGUCCCCGCGACACCCCUCGGUGCACCCCGACAGCCGGCACUGGACGGCUCUCACCUUCGCCGUGUUACACGGGCACAUCUCGGUUGUCCAGCUGCUCCUGGACGCCGGUGCCCACGUCGAGGGCUCUGCCGUGAACAGCGGAGAGGACAACUACGCCGAGACCCCUCUGCAGCUGGCGUCGGCAGCGGGGAACUACGAGCUGGUGAGCUUACUGCUGAGCAGGGGCGCGGAUCCGCUCCUGAGCAUGUUGGAAGUCAACGGCGUCUCCUCAUCGCUGCAUGAAGACAUGAACUGCUUCAGUCACUCUGCUGCACACGGGCACAGGAACGUUCUGCGCAAGCUCCUGACGCAGCCACAGCAACUGAAGGGAGAUGUCCUGUCCCUGGAGGAGAUUUUGGCCGAGGGGGUGGAGAGCGACACCUCCAGCCAGGGCAGCUCCAGCGAGGGCCAAGUCCGGCUUUGUAAAACACGAAUGAAGGCUUUGCAGGAGGCCAUGUACUACAGCGCUGAGCACGGCUACGUGGACAUCACCAUGGAGCUCAGGGCGCUCGGAGUCCCGUGGAAGCUCCACGUGUGGAUCGAGUCUCUCCGGACAACCUUCUACCAGUCCCGUUACUCGGUCGUGCAGACCCUCUUACGGGAAUUCGUCACCAUUAAGGAAGAGGACUACAAUGAAGAACUGGUUAACGAAGGGUUGCAGCUCAUGUUUGAUAUCCUCAAAACCAGCAAGAACGAUUCCAUCAAUCAGCAGCUCGCGUCCAUCUUCACCCACUGCUACGGCAGCAGCCCCAUCCCCAGCAUUCCCGAGAUCCGAAAGACACUCCCGGCUCGGCUGGAUCCUCACUUUCUAAACAAUAAAGAAAUGUCUGAUGUAACUUUCUUGGUAGAAGGAAAGCUGUUCUAUGCACACAAAGUCCUGCUGGUUACUGCGUCUAACAGGUUUAAGACGCUGAUGACCAAUAAAACAGAACACGACAGCCAUGGCAGCAAGACGGUUGAAAUCAGCGAUAUGAAAUACAAUAUUUUCAAGAUGCUGAUGCAGUAUUUAUACUACGGAGGAACAGAAUCCAUGGAAAUUCCCACCACCGAUAUCUUAGAGCUGUUAUCGGCCGCCAGCCUGUUCCAACUGGACGGCCUCCAGCGACACUGUGAAAUCCUCUGCGCCCAGACCAUCAGCUUGGAGAACUCCGUUCACAUCUAUAAAUACGCAAAGAUUCACAACGCUCCCGAACUGGCCUCUUUUUGCGAAGGCUUCUUCCUGAAGCACAUGAGCUCUCUGCUGGAGCAGGACUCGUUCAGACAGCUCAUCUCCAGCAGGACCAGCAAAGUGCAGGGCCUGGACCCGCUGCGGGACUUGCAGACGGCGCUGGCCGGCCGCCUGCACUCCGUGUACGUCACCUCCCGCGUGUGACGGGGACGCGGCGCCCACGGGAGCUCAAACCGCACGGGGACGCGUGCUCAGGAAAAGGCGCCGCUUUCCCGUUCGCCUUCUGGAUCACCAAGGGACCGAGGCCAAGGGCGCCUCGUCCCGCCGAGGGGGGGCAGCUGGCUUGUCUGUGCCACUACUGUCACAGAAACACUGUCACGUGAGAACUGAGGACGCGAAGAACCCGAAGGGAAGAUCAGCGCUGCCAUUUAAACCAGCACAACACAGGGCUGGAGAGAAGCGAGGCGACUUACCCAGCCCCAGCGCCUCGCGUAGCUGCGUCUGUCCCCACACGAUGGGUGUUUUACCUGUAAAAAGGCUGCACGGGAGGAGUUUUCUAAUCCUGUCUGAACACAAAGGCUGAUGCACACACUACUUCACUAUAAACACCAGUGUCUAUACGUUGAAAGAGACUCCGACAUGUUUUCCCCCCAAACUGUUUGCACCUUGAGAGAGAGAGAGAUUUUGUAGAUGUUCAAAGCUGAGUAGAAACUAAUACUAACUCUGAAAUUACUCUUUAAGCCUAAUAUGAAGAACUGAGUUGGGAGGGGGAAAUUGGGGGGUGUUUUUGCAUUUUUUAAAUACGGUUUCACUGUUGUUAAUAUGGAUUCAUCUUUGAGAAGGAAAAAAUAGACUGUCUGCCCUUUCAUUAUCAAGGUUUGAUAGUCUCAAUCACUUCCACCUUAAACACUUGUUUCUGAAUGUUACCUGUGAGACCUGACACCAUAGAAGAUGCUUUCUAAAAGCCUCAGGUGUAGUAGGAGCUACCACCAUGCUGAGAAACUGUCCAAAAGCAUAAAGAGCAAUAAAAGUCUCCCUAACACCCUGAAGAACAUAGAGCAUGGUGGUUUGUUCCCUCUCUGGAGCAAGGUGGGAUCAGAAGCUCUGGCUUCUGGUCUUGGUUUCCACAGCCUCAUCCACAGAGUGAUGUUGUUUUCCAUGGAAUGGUGUUGUUUUCCAUGGAAUGAUGUUGUUUUCCACAGACCUGCUACCUCAGUGGGUAGGCUGCGGUCUAACACUUAGGCGGCAGCACGCACUUAAACCUUUAAGAUGCCUCUACUCAAAACGCCCAAGAUUCACAUCAGCCAGAUGUGCAGACAGAUGUUUCUGGUCCAAAAGGCCUCACUGUAGUCUUUUAGACUUAAAACUAAAAAGAGACAGUUCUAUCUACAGUUUAGUUUCUGGGAGCGAUGUUUUUGCGUGUGGGUUUGGGUUUUAAUUUUAAAUAAGCCCGACCUUAGGAAGGCAGGUGUGUAAAACCACAGACCUUGCUCUUACCAAUAGCUUUAAGACAGACCUUCAGGUAACCCCCCAGACCUUUGUUAGCGACCCCCAAAACAUUUGCUAAGCAUUUCACUGGUCAUAGGUGGGUGCAGGAGAAGCAGCAGCCGGGUUUUCAGUGAACUGCCGCUCCUUAGAAAUUCAACUAUUAAUGGCGUAACUAAAGGAGGAGGCUCAGCCCAAGCUCCUGAGAGCAACAUAGACACGGUUUAUGUAGAUUUAGGGAAGAACACACUCCAGCACCUCCCAACAAACCCAGCAAAGUCUGACAUUGCCUCAUUCCUAAGGGAUUUACACCAGAAACAAACUGCAGGCAGGGAUGAAAACGCUCCGUGCAGGCUCAGGAAUCGAUAGACACGUUGGUCCUGGCACAGUCUAGUUUAUCCUUUAGGUCUGCAGCCACUUCUGAACAUCACCAGCUUCAAUAACCCUAUUUAUUAUCAGAAAGCCAUGCGGGGGGUUCAACAUUCUCAUCAGCCCAGCCUGAAAAAUACCACAAAAGGCUUUAUCUUGGAAAGUAUUUUCAAGUAGCUGCUCCAGCUACCUGUACAAAUAUGUAGGUCCUCUUUUUUGUUGCUGUAAUAUUACAAUGCUUUGUUAAUUGUACAUUAAUUGUUGUCAUGUAUGUAAAUGUACCAGGAUUUUAUUAACAACAACAUUUUAAAAUACACA